AUGGCCGAAUCACACCGUGUCACAGGUUUCCUGUGCCUCCCAUGCGGUGUCAAGACAAUCGCGAGUCCAUACAGAGAUUUGCUUGCGGCUCGAUUCCCCAACGUGAUAAGUGCAUUCGAAGAGAUCAGUCCAGAGGAACGCAAGGUCGGCACAGCGAGAAAGGUUCGCAUGUGCAACGGCGUCGACGUGAUCUUCCUGUUCCUUCCAGAGUUGUCUCAGAGCGAAAAGUGUCGCCCUGACUUCAAAGAUGUCCUCGGCGAGUAUACCAGAGCCUGGCGAGACUGCAUCAGGGAUCUAAAGGCCAAGGCACAUGAUAUGGUGUCUAGUCAUACGGAGCCUACACAGCAGGACUACGACGACAUGCUUCGCAAGUUCUACUUCGCUUUACCAGUAUGGGCUGAGCCGACGCUGUGGGACGACCGCUCGUCUACCGGCAAGUUGUGUGAUGUCGCCGAGUUGGAAGCGAUAGCAUGGAACGACUUCCGCAGUGACGAGUAUGAGGACAUACACGAUUAUCACGAGUCUACACAGCGCCAAAGUCGAACAGCCCAAGUCGAGCGGAUGAAACUGAAGCGGCUAUACUCGGACACCAAUACCGCUACCGACACCGUCGUGUACACAAGGCUUCAGAAUGCUAUCACAGCCCUCGAACAGAACAUACAUGCUUCUAGUGACCUGGUAAAGGCACUGGGAAGCCUGAAAUCUGAGAUCCAGGAGGCUGGCGACUGUGUUCGUCAUCAAGUCCGUGAGAUGGAAUGUGUCGCAAGAAGGAGAACGAGGCUUGAAUGCAGUGUCAAGGACAGCAAGACAGCAAUGGCCAAGCUGGUCGAGGCUACGGACACCGAUCACAACACGGUGAAGCAGCUUCACGACCGACUCGCCGCCACGGCAGAACAACGCCAGAUGAUCUUUCACUGCUUUCCUUCCAGUGAAACACUGGGUCCAGACCAGAAAGCCAUCGCGACACAAGGAACCUGGCUGCUGGAAGUCUUCAAAUCGGUGGAUUGCCCGAAGUCUGGCUCAGCCGCAAUCCUCCACAUGAUUGAAGAUGAUCGCAACCAUCUUGUAUUCAUGUGUCUUCCGGAAGUGUUAACGGCGGAACGCGACACUCGUCUUGGGUACAUGGGCGCAGGCUACGUCAACGACUGGAUCACAUGUCUACUGGAUAUAGAGCGCGAGCUUGCGGGAUGGUCCUUAACAGACACGAAUUUGAUCUUCAGACUCUACCUGCCACCGACGCACAACGCAGCGCAGACCGAUUACCUCCUACAGGUGGCAACGGGCCUACUGCGUCCACACACGGUCGUCACCGAUUGUGAAUACAGGAAAUGGCAGUCGAUCAGCUCAGAAAGCGGAGCGGAAGCACCUCAAGUCGCCGCGGGAGUAUCAGGCCCUGGAAUCACCCAGAACACGUCUCAAGCCCAAGACAGUGACAAGUCGGACAUGGUCAAUGCACAGGUCGAAGCGCUACAGCAAGAGCUCGAGCGUGUCAAAGCUGCUAGAACGAGGCCAGAGAUCAUAGAUGCGGCGCAGAGGCUUCAUGCAAAGCUAGAGAGCGCAAUCAAGGCGGCGAAGAAGAAUGACUCGAUCACAGACAACGUGACAUCCGCACUGGAAGAUCUGAUUGAUGGGUUGUUGAGGUCUAGCGAUAUCGUUCCGGAGCUGGUGGGCAAGAUGAUCAAAGCGGAGCAGGAGCUCGAGCGUCGAUUUCAGAGGAGCCAGCGUAAGAUGACAAAACUGGUGAAGUCGAUGGGUCCGGACGGCAGCGUGGUUCACGAGCUGGUGAAGGCUCACUUCGAACAGCCAUUCCUCGAGAUGCUCCAGAUGCACAAGGAUCAGGAAGUAUCAAGCCAGUGA